CUUCAAAGUGAAAUUUGUCGGGGGGGGUUUUAUACAGGCUUCGGAGCUUCCGUGUUGAACUUAACAUCACUACCGUUAUUUCAAAGGUGAAAAAGCGUGUCUUCCCAAAACCUGCAAAGGAGGAUAAUAAAACAUACAAGGCAUUCUAAUGGCCUUCAUUAAGACUGAGGAUUGUGAUGAAUGGAAAGAUGAAUCCAAAGAAAGAGACUUUCAAAAGAGUGUUUAUGAGCUUAUGGUAUAUGAGGAGGACAACCAGUCAGUGGAUAGCGGGCUGACAUUUGCUGUUGUUACAUUGGAAGAUACAGAUGAAGUAAUGGUAGUAGCAUCAGACUGGUUGAGCACAGACCAAAAACAAUGUUACUGGCCGCCAUUCAAAUCAACAGAGAAGUACUUGGAAGCAGUUAAGAGCAAUCUUAAGCCUUCAACAGGAGAGAAACCAUGGGAGAAAUUAAAUGUGCUCUUUCAUGAAAAAUAUGACACUUAUGAGGAGGCUGUAAAUUACCAAGUGGAACAAAGAGCACUGAAAGAUAGGCUAAAUUUCUAUAAAGUUGUUACCUUGAAAAAAUCAAAUGAGCUGACAGUGAUACCAGCAAUAUGGCAGAAUGAAGAAAGGACACAUUGUUAUUGGCCUCCAUUCAAGUCACCAGAGAAGUGCACAGAAGCUGUAAAGAACAGACUUGAGCCUCCUGUUCCAAGCAGAAAUCCAUGGGAGAUGUUAAAUAUUCAAGUCCAUGGGGAAUGUGCGACAUAUGAACAGGCUAAAGAGAAGCAAAAAGCAUUAAAAGAACAGAAAGAAAGAUCUACACUGCAUCCUGCACCAGCAUCUUCUCUUCAAAUUUCUAGAUUUUCCCCUCAUGUUACAAAAAGAAAACAUCUUUCUGAAACGUUGGUUUCAGGUACUAAAAGAAAACGUGAUUGUGAAUUGUCUGACUCAAGUAGAGAGUCACUACUGACAACAGAUAUGGAGAUCAUGUUGAAGGCAAAGCAAAUCAUGAAAAGAGUCACUGAUAACUUGGCCCACACAAUCAAUAUGCACAAUGAAAUCAUUUCAAAGAUAAAUAAAAUGUAUACAGUCAACAGAAAGAAGGCAACCAUUGGAAUUUUUGGAAGGGCAGGAGAAGGAAAAAGCUCCCUAUUAAGUGCAAUCUUGGGGGAAAAAGAUCUCCUGCCAUCUGGUUGUUUUGGUGCCUGUACAUCUGUUGUUACUCAGGUGGAAGCCAAUCUGACUGACUCCAACUACACAGCAGAGAUCGAAUUCAUCUCUAAAGAGGAGUGGGAGAAAGAGCUGGAAGAUCUUUUCAGAGAUUUACAAGAUGACAGUGAGGACAGGAAUGAUGACUUGAUUGAAAUUGCUGAAGAAAAGAUCACUGCGCUGUAUGGAGCUGAUGCAGACCAGAAAACAUUAGAAGAGCUCAAGAAAGAUGACAAAUAUGCUGAGAUUGAAAAAUUAAUGUCCAUCAGUAAAAAAACAAUCUCAAAGAGUGAUAUGUCUGAAUUUGCUAGUGAUGUUGCACGGUUCAUACAACACAGUAAGUCAAGUCCCGGUGGCUGGUACUGGCCGCUUUUGAAGAGUGUCAAUAUCAAGAUUCCAGAUUGUCAUGAACUUCUGGAACACAUUGUGAUUGUUGAUAUUCCUGGGACUGAAGACUGCAAUAAGACUAGAGAUGACCUGUGGAAAUCUAAACUGUCAGAGUGCUAUUCUGUGUGGAUUGUAAGUGCUAUCAAUCGAGCAAUCACUGACAGAUAUCCCUGGGGGAUAUUAAAGCACUGCAGUGAGGAACUGGGACCAGGAAGAGAAUGUAAACACAUCAACUUCAUCUGUACAAAGACUGAUGAUAUCAAUCCAGGAGCCUAUAUGAGAUCUGCACGGCUUCCUUACACAAACGACAUGGAUCAGAAAAUACUGUGCAUACGUCAUAGAAAUGAAGAUGUCAAGACAAAGGUGAAAGAAAAGUUUGAAAAAUCUGAAAUCAAGAAAAAAUUCAGAACUGACAGUGAUUUUCUUCAAGUAUUUACUGUAAGUUCCAAUGCAUUUUUCGACACCAGCUUAAAUCUGGAAUCUGCUGAAACAGAAAUCCCAAAGCUGCAGGAUGUUCUGAGGAGCCUUAACAAGAGCAUUAACCGAGAACUGACCAGAGAUUAUGUGUCUGAGGCAAAAGGAGUUCUGUCUCUGAUCCAAAGUGUCCAGCUGGAUACAGACAAGAAAGCAGCUGAGAUGAAAGUCGCCAUCCGCAUGGAUCUUGAAAAUAAUCUGAAGGUGGCGCUAAGUGAAAUGGACAAAUAUUUUGACAACAUUUCUAAUGAUCUGGAGAAGUGUCUCUCAAAGGGAGUGGAAGAAUCAGUGCAAUCAUGUGUUGCUUCCGCAAAGGCACUGGUAGCACCUAAAAAAGAUGGGAGAGGAUUCCAUAAAAUCAUUCAAACUUUGUGCAAGAAUUAUGGAUGCUAUUGGCAUAAAAACUGCGAUGCAGUCCUAGAUCUGAACAAGAAAUUGGCAAAACCCCUGCAUGAAAACAUUUAUGAAAAUUUCAGCCAGAUUUUCCCUGUGAGUGGAAAAACAGGGAGGUCAGUGCAAGAACAGAUUGAUAAGUUCACUAUCAUCCAGAGUGACCCUGCGUACCUCAGAUCUUCUGUGAUACGUCACAUUCAGAACUUCGUCAAAACAGAGGAAUCCAAACUGAAGGAAUUGCUUAAUAGAGAAACUGUUGAAUUAGGGAAAGACAUCUACUCAUCAAUUAUAAAAACCAUUCAGAAUGAAAUGUCUCCCUGCUAUGAAAAAGCUGCAGCCCUGACAGGAACAGGAUCCAUAAAGGAAAGGCAAGAUAUGCUAGUAAACACAGUCAAUGAGAAAAAACACCACAUGUUCAACAAAGCCAAAAUGGAAGUGCUUAAAAAGUUAAAUCAAUUAAAGCUGCACAUAAAAGAUGUUCUUGAACCAGGACUAAAGAAAGCAAUGGAUCUCUCACUGUCACAAAGCAUCAAUACGACAUUGAUGGAUGUCUCCAGAGAAAUUGAUCAGAUGGAGACACUUCUAAAGCAAUGAUGCUGUUCAAACAAUAAGAAGCCCAAGAGAAACUGCACAAUUCACAGAAGUGAAGACACAUAAAGUUUCAUUAGUUUUAUAACAAAUAUUUCUUUACUCAAAUGUAUUCUUCUGUUUUGUUAUAUUUUCUGCAUACAUUUGUCUUAUAGAUUGCUGAUAGGUGCAUUUUGUAAGGUAUAUAAUAUUUUAAUACCUAAUUUCCAUGAUCUAAAUAUUCUUAAGAAUUAAAAGUUUGUUGUCAUUUAAAAUUGUAUAGGCUUAUUGCAUUAUUAUUCUGUUAUAUUAUGAUUAUAUAUUUAGUAGCAUAAAAUGGUCUUAAAAUGAAAAUAAUAUACCUUAUCGCAAUGAUUUCUGGGGCAAUAUAUUGCACAAGAAAAAGUUGUUAUCAUGACAGGCCUAAUUCACUCCUCACAAAACUAUAACCCCCCUCCAGAUGCCUGUGAUCAGUGAGUUAGCAGCACCUUGUGGUGCCAUCACAGAAAGGCACCCUCACUGCUCUUCACAAGCCCACUUGCAAAUUUCUUUACAGUAUUCAAGAAAUGGAUAAAACCACAUUUUUUCUAUAAGCAAUUAAAAGAAUUAUUCACCACUGAAAAGUUUUAAUAAAAUUUGGCUGUCUAUGCAGUAGAAAGGUCAAAUUAGUUUUGACCUUUUGCCAGAAAUUUCAACACAUACAAAAAAACAAACAAACAUUUGAUUUUGGAGCCACCCAUCUUUUAAUUUUGUCUAUUGACUUAUUUUACAUAUAUUAAUGACGUAUGUUUCUGUUUUUAUUAAGCUUAUGUUUAAUACAUUUCAAUCUUGU